AUGGCGAACAGUGUAGCGGGGGAAGAUCGAUUCCGUGGAGAGGAUUCCUCUGUCCCUGACGAAGACGACGUCGGCCUAGAAUCAGAUGGGAAGAAGAGUUAUGCGAAGGCGACGACUCGAAUUGUGGAUUGGGGUAAGUUUGGGAAGAUCGAGAGGCUGGGAUCGAACAUUGGGGGAGAAGAAGAGGGUUCGAUCAGAUUAGGGAUGGGGGAAUUUUUUUAAAUGACGUGUCAUCCACCUGUUAAUGAAUGCUGAGGUGGAAACGAAAGAGAGGCUGAGUUGGAAGCCAGGUCAGCGAAUCCGUUAAUUUGACUGACGGUGUCACUAACACUAUUAAAUUAUGUAUCGGAAAUGGCUAUUAUUGUCAUGAAACUUUCAAAAUUCUGGCUAUUAUUGGUAUUUCCUCAAAAGUGGCUAUUAUUGUCACAAACGUCAAAGUUUUGGCUACGCAGAUGAAUUUUGCCAAUCUUCAAUGACAAAGCAUGUUCAGC